AAGAGUCGACUCUUAUCUCGGGAGCGGCCAUUGGGAUUUCUGUUGUUGCGUUGUGAUCCAAUAAUAUCAAUUCGCGACCCAUGACAAUUGCGUCAAAACUGAUAACAUUCAACUCAGAGUUAACAGGACAAUAAUGUGAACUUUUAGUUGUUCUUAAGGACAAAGUAGAACGUUUACUGGAGGAUUUCCAACACACGUUAGUAGUAAUUGGUUAAACUACGCAGAAUGUAAACCUAUGACGUGAUAUCAGUGCAAAUGGAGCUUAAACAUGUACGUAGUGUUAAUGAAGAACAAGUAAUUGCUUUUUCGUGUGGUGAUUUAAUAUUCAAUACUGAAACCAGUGAAAAAACAAGCGAAACUGAUGUUGUAGGGGAAAAUACAGUUUAUUAUAAUAAAGGUGCCGAAGUUAUUUGAUCUCUGUUGUUCAAGGAUCGAUAGUGUAUACACAGUUAAGUGUUUCAGCACUGAACAGUCUGAGUAAGGUGGUGCUCGGAUCAGACGCCCUGAUGGCCUAGGCAAUUACACGGACCGAAGGCGUGAGAAUGGCUACAGCAGGAGGUGGGGGCGGUGGAGGCGUGCUGGUGGCUGCGCUGUGGUGGAUAUGUCUGAUGUGGGGGUGGGCGAACGUCGCAUCCCAAAAUCACCAGUGCCCUCCACAUCACGACAUUACUCCCUGCAUCUGUACCGUCAAGAAGAACGGCCUUGAUGUUCUGUGCGAGUUCACAGACCAGCAACACAUCAGUCACACGAUGUCUGUACUCAAAGGUUCCUCUGAAGUGAUCUUCUACCUGAAACUCCGUCAUAAUACCCUGCCCAAACUGCAGGACUUUGUAUUUCUCGGACUGGACAUCCGUCACCUCACCAUCCACAACAGCAGCCUUGCUGUGGUUGAGGUGUCUUCACUCAGCUCCCUGGGCAAAGAGCUGACCCAGUUGGAUCUCUCGCAGAACGGGUUGAUUUCGGUGCCGUCCACCGCGUUCCGCAACCUUCAUCACCUGCUGAUAUUAAACCUGAACCACAACAGAAUCACCGCAAUCCACAACAAGGACUUCGAGGGACUGGACACUUUGGAGAUCCUUACCCUCUAUGAGAAUAUGAUCUCAACUGUUGAGUCCGAUGCGUUUAAAGGGUUGGACAAGUAAGUCUCAGCAUUUGAAGAAUCGCAAAACNNGCUGUCGGCCGUUCCAAAAGCGGCGUUAUCUUCACUUGACAUGCUCAAGAAGCUGGAGAUACAAGAAAAUCGAAUUUCGGAUAUUAAGGAAGGCGAUUUCAAAGGUCUCGAGAGUCUGGAUUCGCUUAUCCUAGGCCACAAUCACCUAAAGGAGAUCCCCGCCAGAGUGUUUUCACAUCUCACCCUUCUGAACUCCCUGGAACUAGAUGGAAAUCAGAUCGCACACAUUGAUCCUGAAGCAUUUGUUGGUCUUGAAGAGAACCUUCAGUAUCUCAGGCUGGGCGAUAACAACAUCCACUCCAUACCCAGCAAUGCCCUGAGACGCCUUCACCGAUUACGUCAUCUGGACCUUCGAUCCAACAACAUCAGUUCCAUCCCUGAGGAUGCGUUCACUGGGUUCGGAGAUACAAUCACAUUCCUUAAUCUACAGAAAAACGAUAUCAAAGUAAUACCUUCGCUGGCUUUCGACAAUCUCAACUCGCUGGAGAACUUGAAUCUACAGAAUAACAAGCUCUCAUACAUUCCAGAGGAAAUAAUGGAUCCCAUCGUGGAUACACUCAGGAGCAUCGACAUAAUGGACAACCCAUUGGUGUGUGAUUGCUCUCUUCGUUGGUAUCGUGUAUGGCUGCAAAAUUUACGAGACAAAGACGAUGACGUCAUGAUAAAGAAGAGAACGCUCUGCAUGAUGAAAAGCGAGCAUCGAGAGUACAAAGUGCAAGAACUGCCUCUGGAGCGCAUGCAAUGUGUGGGCAAGAACUUGGAGCAGACUUCCAACAGCGACACCACUACGCCACGUGGUUGCUUCAGAAUGGUACUGGCCGCUGUCCUCACGAGCGCAGUGGCCACUGCCUGCAACUACCGCCAUUGCUUGUAAUAACGACAGCAAGCUGAGUACAGAACAACGUUGCUUCGAACGUAAGACGAUUAUUUCUGAAGCAGUUAAAAUAAUUAACAUUUUGAAACGAAAACGGUGUAUUAUUUCAAAUACAAGGAAUGUGUAAAGGGCUGAUAUGGCGUCGUUAAACAGUCUGCGAACGAAUUAACUUAUUCAACUUUCCAGCAAGUCUGGAGACCUUAUUUACUUCUGUCGACGUGAAGUUAGGAGGAACUUGAUAAAGAUUUGAAAUUCGGAUUUUUAUUUCAGAAACGUUAAAAAUAUGAAGUCUUAAGUCCGAAACAAUAUGCACUGGCACUAAAAGAACCAAGACAAGAAAAGAAACAGCUCGUGUUUAUAAAAUUCUAAGAUAAAAGGAAUGAACUGGAUCUCUAAAUAGACAAAUUCGCAGGAAAAACAAAACGAGAUUUGAUCGGGGCAUUAAUUCAUCUACUUAACGCGAUGUAAACUACCAACACCGACUCUAAGUCUUUGUUAAGCAAGUUCUCUGUCCUUUAUUUUGAUUUUAUGUAAAUUAUUAAUUGUAGCAGCAUAUUUUCAUCAAAGUUUCUCAAACUUCCGUUCAAAAAAGUUCCAUAUAGUGUGGCCCAAGAGAGAUAAAACGUUACUAGCACAAAUAUUUUAAACUCUGGAAUAUAUAAAAUUAAAAGAUUCAUCGUAUGUAAAUGCCAGUGUACACAUUCACACGCAACAAACUUCCACAUACAACGAUGUAUAGAAAUCCUUUAGCAUCCGUCACUGAAGAAUACAUAAUGAGACUAAUGUUUACGUUCUCCACAACGCUGUCUUAUUUGUAUUCACUAUAAGUCUGACUUUCAAACGUUUUAUCAUCAACCUGAAACGUUUCGUGUUUAAUAAUACGAAUUAAUUCAUCACAGUGUUUAAUAACCUAGGAUUAUAAUUAUAGUAUGAGUUAAUUAACACUACAAAUUAUAUUUAUAAUCCUAGGUUAGAAAAUACGGUGAUUAAAAAAACCAAGAUGAUUUCAAAAAUACUGUAGACGAAGCAUUUUAUAUCAUUAAUACAUAAUGUUUUUAUUUAGCAGUCAGUUAAAACCGUGAAGAGAGUUUUCCUUUUGUAUUUACUAAAGUAAACACAUAGUUUUCUAGUAUUCAUCAAAAUAUCAAUGUGUUACUGAAGUCAAAUUAGACGUUGCCACGUUCAUCAAUAAAAUUGACGUAAUGGGUGA